AUGAGCGUACGCCAAGUUGGAUGCGAUUUACAGCCCAUCACCUGUUUGCGUGGAAAAGUUCAAGGCUUUUUUUGGCGUAAUCCACGCUCAAUGCGUUCCUCAUUUGGUGGUGAGUUUAGCUCAAAUCUCCGGCUCCAGACCGCAUUGGCCAGACGCCGUGGCUGCCGCCGCCAGAGCGGUGAGUCAUCGACUCAUUUAGCCAGGCAUUAG